CAAAAGAAAACGUGAAUCCUUCAACGGACCUAAGUCGUCGCUACUCCGAGAGUGAUCCACUGGCUUACUGAGCGCCGCAGAACAGAAUAUGGCACCCCCAGCAACACCAAAAUCCCCCGCAUUCUCAGUCCCCUAUCGCUCUCAGGGCGUACUCACCGGGCGGGUCACCAAGUCUUCUUCCGAGCCACCAUCAUCGCCCUGUGCUCCAGGCAACCAAAACAGGGCCCGAAUCCAAAGCCCAUCCAAGACAGCCAAAUAUGGUCUUUGCCCAGUAUGUCGUAUCGGCCGCCGGGUUCGCUCCAGGUUCCACCCGAAAGGAACCUCCCCGUUCCCGGGCAAGUGGCGCUUCGUGUGCAGCAAUCGGAUUGUGCCCUCCAACAAGAAUACCAGCAACAACGACAGCGGCAGCAGCAGCAGCAGCAGCAGCAGCAGCAACGGCCAGGCAAUGGUCAAACAGUCCAAAGGGUGCACCUACACGGAGGUUCUCGAUUUCGACCCGAUGAAAGAUCCCUUCCUUCAAGCCGAACUGCAAGUACAGGACCGUGAUCAGGAUUGGGAACAAGAUCGAGAUCAGGGGCAGUACGAGCAGACUCCGACCUCCAAGGCGAUGAGGAAAGCCACGGCAAAGGAGAAUAGUGCAGGGAGUACGAGGCGGUGGAGACAGAGUGUUCUGUUUGCUGAAAGGCAAGCUGGAACCUCAAGCGGGGACAAGGGAAGGGGUGAACAUCGGCAGGAGGCGAAUGCCCCGAUAAGGGAUGAGGAUAAGCAGCAUGACAAUUUCGGAAGUUCGCUUGGUCGGCCGAGACAGGAUGUACCACAGAAGGGCGUGACAGUACGGCCGAAUGUGCCCAUGGGAAAGGCGAGCGAGAGGGCUGAGGGCCCCGACGAGGACUAUUUCGAUGAUUUGGGUCCCGAGGACGAGAAGGAGCUUGCCUCCCUGGCCGAAGCUGCCUCGCAACAUCAAGACCAGAGUCAGACAUUAGCCGAUGCUUUCGUGGAUGACUUUGAUGAGGAGGACGAGGUUCGGCUGAUUGAGCUGGCUGACAAGGCUUCAAUGAUGGACGAGUUUGAUGAGGAAGACGAGGCCUGUUUGAUUGAACUGGCCGACAAGGCGUCCUCGGCUUCUCUGCCUACAAGACGCCGCCUGUUUGGCACAUGAGCAGUUGAUAGGUGGGCAUGAGGGAACCUUUGGCUUUAUAAAGCGUCCUAAAGGGGACUGACGAAGAUACUGGUAUACUGCGUGAUUUCAGUCAUCUCAUUGACAUUUGGUAGGAUCGGAGAGUAUCAAACACGAAAGUUUAUUUCAGAAGAAUACAAGAUGUUGCAAGGCCAGAAAACAAAACAAACUUAACUAAGCAGCCCGAUAAAGGACGACGCAUUGGGCGGUGCGAUGGUCACUAAACGCGAAGCUGGAAAUAAAAGAUCAUGCUAUGGUGAGUCGCAACGUUGGAAGACA